GGAUGUUGAGACAAGGUUUGCUCCUUCUGACGCGCGACGGUUUUAGCGCGUCACGCUAGCACGUUACUUUGACUUCACUCCUUCUCAAUUCCAAAUUGCACUUAUAAUUCAUUGCUGUCCUGAAUCAAUUCGAAGAUCCUGAAUACACACAUCUGAUCUGAUUCAGACUGAAUUCAAUCGACCACCAUGAGUCUCGUUCUCAAUCUCAAAUCAUGUUGUCCAGUCUGCAACUCAACCGAGAGACUGGCACGAUGCAGGCCUGCCAUGUCAUGCCGUAUUGUGGCCCUGAGCACCAAGUCGCCCAUCGGAAUGACCACAAGAAACUUUGCAAUGCUAUCAAGGAAUCCAAGGAGCACCUUGAUCUGGAAGAACAGAAAUUGCGUGAUCUUCCACCCGACGCGUUCCAUCCAGCCAAGAUCUUCGAGGAACAUGCCGGCGAAUUCUGGGGCUUGAUGGAGACCAGACCCUACAUGCAAGCGAGAUUUGGUUUUGUCGAUGCUCUCACCAAGAUCAAGACCACAAAUUCCGUUCAACUGGCCUUCGACAAUGCCUGGGACAUGCUCCGACUUUGUCGUAGUGACAACAUGGGGCUGCGCGAUUUAGUUCCAAGCCUCUUUCUUCGUCUUGGAAGAGACCAGGAGUGCUACGAUUUCCUCAAAUGGUAUGCUGAUGAUGAAUAUGAUUGGGGCGAUAUGUCUCUUCCGUUCCUCGAUCUCAAGGACGCCGAUGUCUUUGAGCCGGUCGAUAAAUUCGUUGAAGAAUUCGCCGAUACCUCUCAUGCUAUAGCUCUUACGCUGAUCAAGAUCCGACUCCUCCUCGAACUGCGAAAUCUGAAGGAUUUAGAAAUUGUGGGCGAGAAGCUGCCAAGAGAAAUGCUUGACAACGUUCAGGAUCAGCUACUCAGCCAUGCCAUCUCAAUCAAUCCCAGGAAGAAAGUUAUUCUGGAGAAGGGUGACGAAUUUGAUGACUUGAUGUCAGAAUUGAAGCUUCAGAUCAAUGAGCUUCAUGUGGCUGUCCACAAGGGGAACAAAUACUUCUGGCGAUUCCUUCUGCACCCUGGACAGGCCUUGACAUCUCCCAUAAGUGCAUACUCCAGCGACUCAUACGAAGAAAUGGUGCUUUAUCUUCAGUACUGCUACGAUUCAUGGGUAGAGACGCCUGGUGCUAUCACCAUUAUUCAGCAACUCGAGGACGACGAGUUUUUGGAUGAGGAUGAUGAUACUUACGAGGUUAUAGAUGAAUAAGUGGGAAAUGCGUCUCCAGCCUGUCGGUCUACACGGUGGAGAGAGCUAGCCAAGGUUUCUCUCACUUGCCGAAAGUUAGGACAUAGAUCAUUUUCGAACCAUAUUUCGCGGAGUUUCUGGAAGACAUUGGUUGUCGGCGAUUUUGAUUCAUCACAAACUACUGUACAAUAGCCAGCUAUGAACUCUCAAC